CUGAAUUUCCAAAAUGUCACCAAUUCGUCUUCUUCUUCCUUUUCUUGUUUUUCUUUCCUUUCACUCAAGUUUCCUCUUAGUCAGUGCAACUUCUUCCUCAAAACCUCAGACACUUGACCUGCAUCGACCGGAGUACAUCAACCCAAAGCUCCCACCAUCAACCCUCUCUACCUCCAAGAAGUUUGAGGGUUCCUCAAACCUCGUUCACCUCCGGUACCACAUGGGUCCAGUCCUCUCCUCCCCAAUCAACAUCUACCUCAUCUGGUACGGACAAUGGACUCCUACCCAGAAGCUCCUCAUCAAGGACUUCCUCCUCUCCAUCUCCGCCAACCACCGUGCCGCUUCUUCCCCCUCCGUCUCCGAAUGGUGGCGCACCGUUUCCCUCUACACCGACCAGACCGGCGCCAAUAUCUCACGCUCCGUCGUCGUUGCCCGGGAGUACAUCGAUCACCGCUACUCCCAGGGAACCCACCUCACCCGUCUCUCCAUCCAGCAAGUCAUCGAUAAUGCAGUUAGAUCCGCCCCCUUCCAGGUGGAUCACAAGAACGGCAUUUACUUAGUCUUAACCUCAAACGAUGUCACCGUUCAGGACUUUUGUCGAGCAGUUUGUGGGUUUCACUACUUCACUUUCCCUUCCAUGGUUGGUCACACACUGCCAUACGCGUGGGUUGGGAACUCGGGAAAGCAGUGCCCUGAGGUGUGCGCUUACCCAUUUGCGGUGCCUGGGUACAUGGGUGGUAGUGGUCCUGGGGCGUUGUCGCCGCCAAAUGGGGAUGUUGGGGUAGAUGGGAUGAUCAGUGUAAUAGGGCAUGAGUUAGCAGAGUUGGCUUCAAAUCCGCUUGUGAAUGCAUGGUAUGCUGGGGAGGACCCAACUGCACCGACUGAGAUCGGUGAUUUGUGUGAGGGAUUGUAUGGGACAGGUGGGGGUGGUGGGUAUAUUGGUCAGGUGAUGAGAGAUGGAGGUGGAAGGACUUAUAAUCUGAAUGGAAGGAGAGGGAGAAAGUUUUUGGUGCAGUGGGUUUGGAGUCCAGUUAAGCAAGCAUGUGCUGGGCCUAAUGCUUUGGACUGAAGUUGAUACACAGACACAGAAACAAACGCAAAUGCUUUAAAUUUUUGUAAUUCUUGAACCCCAAUUCUC